AUGAAAGUCGACCUUCACCCUCAGUUGCCCGCUGUUUUAACAGUUCUUCUUGAUAUUUCUGGAACUGUAGACGUUUUCACAAACUCCCUAGUUGUGUAUCUAGUCAUUUUCAAAAGUCCCGCUCUCAAAAGGUUUCGCUAUUAUCUUUUAUAUUCUCAAUUAAAUACCGCGGUAGUAGAUGUGUACUUGGCGUUUUUGAUGAAACCAGUGCCUAUUUUCCCUGCUAUGGGAGGUUAUACAACUGGGAUACUUGCCACGUGGUUCGGAAUCUCUUCUCAUGUUCAGAUGACAAUUAUGAUUUUCAAUAUGGGAAUGCAAGCGGUGGCAAUAUUUCAAACGUUUCUGGCGAAACAUCAAGCGAUUGUAAGCAUUGAUAGAAGAAGAGUUUUGAGGAAAUUGUUCUACUGGCGACUGGUGGGAAUUGGUUUCUUUCUCACAAUAGUGACAAUUUGGUUGUAUUAUUUGGGCGAUAUCUCCAAGGAACAGCAAAUUGAGUAUAUCAGAAAGAAUAUUCCCAACUUGGAACAAAUUCUAAUGUCCAAUCCCAGUCUCGACAUCUAUGAUUGA